ACAUUUUAAGACUUUGUCCCUUAGUUGAAAGGGGAAAUCGUUACUUUACUGAAGAUUGACCCCAAAGAGAAGGCAGAACCGCGGGUGCUUGUGGGAGACCUGCAGGUUUUUGUGUAGCAUGUGAAGCACAGGCCGGGGCCCCAGUAUUGCUGCAGGUUGUCCGGUAGGGUGUCUGUCGAGCUGAAAGCACGCUGUUGAUGUCAGAAGUGGAAGGAGGGGAGGGGGGAAACGUGAGGAAUGGCUGAACACUGGCGGUGCUCUCCUGCAAGGGAAGAAACCAGGACGUAAAUUAUCGUCCGGUUAGUUUGGCUUAACACUUUAUUUUAGCUUCCAGUUGGUAGUCUUUGUGAGCAAAGCAAAACGAGUGAGUUUAUUUCAAUUUAGUAAUUUAUGGGACAACGAAAAACGCAAGGUAGGCUGCUGCUCCUGUCGUCAACGCUGUUCGCGUAUUUUCAUGGACUAAUACGACAGAAAGCCGUUGAGAAAUGUCUCUCCGAAAGAGCGCGCGCCUCGGAGGCGGCGUAAGCUAGCUUUAACGCCGAAUUUUCUUUUUUUGGGGGGGAAGCGACGGGCAGUGUUCAUUUGUUUAUGCCUCAACUGACCAACCACAUAUGAGAAGACAGCGUCCGUAGUGGAAGAAAGCACAGACGAAGGCCUUUCCUCUUCACCUGUGCCACCUGAACCGACGCGAAGAAAAUGCGUGCGGGGUUGUUUUGGGUAUGUUUGUGGUGGUUCCUCCGCCCGUGUACCUCCGGUCAAGGGCAGUCGACGGCUGUGUGUUCCCCCUCCUGCAGCUGCGACGAAGAUGGGGGCGCCGACUGCUCCGGGAGAGGACUCACCGCCGUCCCGACAGGACUCAGUACUUUCACCUACUAUCUGGACCUGAGCAUGAACAAUAUCACUGAGCUUCCAGCAAAUGUAUUCAAAAGCUUCCCUUACAUGGAGGAACUACGGCUUGCAGGAAAUGACCUGACAUUCAUCCACCCUGAAGCCCUGUCUGGACUGCAUCAGCUCAAAGUCCUGAUGCUUCAGAACAACCAGCUUAAAAGUGUCCCCAGUGCAGCUCUAAAGAACCUCCAGUCUCUCCAGUCUCUCCGCCUGGAUGCAAACCACAUCACCACAGUUCCAGAUGAAAGUUUCCAAGGCCUCCAGCAACUACGCCACCUCUGGCUGGACGACAACCACCUGACCCAGGUCCCUGUUGGCUCUCUGACACACCAGGCAAACCUUCAGGCUCUGACGCUGGCUCUGAACCGAAUCACCUACAUACCAGCAAACGCCUUUGCAAACCUCACCAGUCUAGUUGUUCUGCAUCUUCAUAACAACAGAAUCAGGGAGAUUGCAAGUAACUCCUUUGCUGGGCUGGUGAACCUGGAGACUCUAGAUCUUAACUUCAACAACCUGAUGGUGUUUCCUAAACCAAUAGAAGCCCUGCCCAAACUGAAGGAACUAGGCUUUCACAGCAACGGCAUUUCUUCCAUACCUGAAGGGGCCUUCCAUAACAAUCCUCUGCUGCGAACCAUACACCUUUAUGACAACCCUCUGUCUUUUGUGGGCACCACAGCUUUCCAGAAUCUAUCUGAGCUACACUCCUUGAUUUUGCGUGGAGCCAAUAAGAUGCGGGAUUUCCCCGUCCUUACAGGAACUAAAAACCUUGAGAGUCUGACCCUAUCUGGAACCAAAAUAUCAUCUUUACCCAUGGAUCUCUGUGAGAACCUCAGGCUGCUGCGAACACUGGACCUGUCCUACAAUGAAAUAGAGCAGUUACCAUCCUUCCAGGGCUGCAUCCACAUACAAGAGAUAAGUUUUCAGCACAAUAAAAUCCAGCAGAUUGACAGAGACACCUUCCAAAGUCUCUCUGCGCUCCAUCUGCUAGAUCUGAGCAGAAAUCAAAUCCAAGUCAUUCACAGAGAUGCUUUCCUCACCCUAACCUCCCUCAACAACCUAGACCUGAGUAUGAACUCUCUGGCUACCAUCCCUUCAAGAGGCUUGAGUGCUGUCAGUCAGCUGAAACUGUCUGGGAACCCUCAGAUGAAAAACAUGCUCACUGCAAAAGAUCUGCCAAAACUCAUGUCCAUCUCUGUCCCUUAUGCUUACCAGUGCUGUGCGUUUGUUGGGUGUGACUCCUCUUCCAAGGAUUCCAGCAUGAAGAAAUCUGCAGGUGCAAUUGUUGGAGAUGAUGGAGAACAGAUCUCAAUGGUUAUGCAUUGCUCUCCUUCUCCAGGCGCUCUAAAGCCUUGUGAGCACCUCCUGGGUAACUGGAUGAUCCGCCUGACAGUCUGGUUCAUCUGCCUGGUGUCGCUGGUCUUCAACAGUCUGGUGCUGGUGGUGACCUUCUCUCCUAUUCACCAAUCAGUUGGUCACUCUCACUAUCUGGCCCCGCCUCUGUCCCCAGCCAGACUGUUAAUGGGGCUGCUGGCUCUGGCUAACCUACUCACAGGCCUGUAUGUUGGCGUGCUGACGGCGCUCGAUGCUGCCACGUGGGGAUCCUUCGCCGACUUCGGUGUGUGGUGGGAGAUGGGCCCUGGCUGCAAGAUCACAGGAGCACUGGCCGUUUUCUCGUCAGAGUGGUCCGUCUUAUUACUGUCCCUGGCUGCUGUGGAGCGCAGCGUUGCCGUGUGGAAAAUUCUUGGAAAAGCCAUCAUCUCGCCUCGCAGAAACGGCAAAAGCCGUCGAAGAUGCUUGGGAGGAGAUCGACGCUUUGGCCUGGCCGCGGGGCUGCUGGGGAUGCUGGCCGCUGCCGUAGCCUGCCUGCCUCUCCUGGCCACCGCCGAGCAGACCAUGUCCCCCCUCUGCCUGCCCUUUGCGGGCGGUGAGAGCGCCACUCUGAGUGUUACAGUCCUUCUGGUGCUGCUCAACGCCCUGGCUUACCUGUUCACGGCUGCCGUGUACACCCAGCUGUACUGCCACCUAGGCAGAGUGGAGCUGGCGGAUCCAGGCCAAACCGGCGCCCUCCGCCAUGUAGCCUGGCUCAUCUUCACCAACUGCAUUUUCUUCUGUCCCGUGGCAGCUUUCUCUUUUGCCCCCCUCUUGACUGGUUCCACAGCCGGCGGCCCAGAGAUCGCCAAGUCUGUCACCCUUAUUUUCUUCCCGCUGCCGGCUUGCCUGAACCCAGUUUUGUACGUUUUCUUUAGCCCCGCUUUCAGAGAGGACUGGCUCAGACUUCGUGGAGGCUUAAGCGGGGAGAUGAAGACUGGGGCUGAAAAUCACCAAGAUGACGGCGGUGGAGACUCUGAACUCACAGAUGGAGGUUCCUCCACCCACCUGGGCUUUGACUGUGGCAUGUACACACAGAUCUGUGGAGAGCCCGUUGUUUGCGAGCAGUGUGAGGCGGCGCUGCGUGUCCGGACCUGCUCUUCCCCCUCGUCCUCCGUCUGCAGACAUUUGACGAAGUCUUAUAGCUGUCCCACCCUGCUGGCGGGAGCUGCUGCAUGCCAGCGCAGCGGGGGGCUUUGGGCGGACAGCAGCACGCCCUCUGCUCAGUCCGAAUACGCUGACGAGGGAGACUCAUUUGUGUCGGACAGCUCAGACCAGAUUCAGGCCUGCGGCAGAGCCUGCUUCUGCCAAAGCAGAGGCCUUCCUCUGGUACACUACUCACACAACAUACCUCGAGUCAAAGACUGACAGCUCCUGUGUUCACAUGUGAAUUUAGAUUCACCACAAAUCUAAGAAAUGUGCCAACAGCCCUUUUUGUUUCAUCAAGCACCUAUGUUUGUAGAUCAGAGUUUUGCAGCCAAUCAUUCAAAGGGAAACUGACUUUGAAGGUUCCUGAUCUGAACUGUUCCACAGAGAAUUCUGCAGAGGAAGCUUUUGCCUUUGUGCCUCUUGAUUCUGUUCGGCAUUGCGAUUCUAAAUGUGGUGUGCGUUUGUUUUUGUACCUUUUCUGUUUCCUUAAGCUUUGUAAAUAUGAAUCUUGUCGAAUUUGAAAGCUUCAUCACAUCCAUGGUUGAUUUUUUUUUUUUUUUUUAUUACAUUUUUUAUAAAUUUGUAGCAAAUGUAAUAAUCAUAAUAGAUGUUUUUAGUAUGAAUGUAAACUGUUGUCUUCUCUCAGUGGGACAAAUAAGUUAAAAUUCAAUUGAGGAAAACAAAAAGCCCAUGCUUUAAGUUCAGUAAGACUAAGAAUGUGAUCAAAGUAGCAGAAAUCACUGUUUCAGGCCUGACCACGCUCCGUGGUUUGGUUCAUACAUGUUAUUUAUUACUUUAGCAGCAGUGGUGCUCGGAUGGAGAAUCUUUCAGGUGUAGAAAAAUGUGGCCUCAGAAUGAGAAGGUGUACAGAUUGUAACACAAGUUUUCAUUCAACAGCGUGCACAUACACAGGUUUGGGUUAUGGUGUUCUUUUAAAUUGGGCUUCUGGUUCUUUUCAGUCUCUGACCUUUCAGUUUUUUAUGGUUUCCAAAAUGUCUAAAUGCCAAAUGCACACGUUCUGUUUUUUAGAUGUUCGUAUUCACAUUUGGGAAAAAACAAAGAGGAUUAACAAGAUUAAAAGCUUGUUGUUUCCCAUUCUUUGGUUUUUAAACAGGUUAGAAUUAAAAAAUGAAAAGUAAAUUAAGGAUUUUGAAACAAAUUUCACACAAAACAAUCCAACAUUUUUGAAAAGAUAAAAAACAAGUGCAGUUCAGUAUCCUAGAUUAAGACAAAACUAAUAAACUACCUUCAUCCACCUUUGAUUUUAAAGCCCUUCAGGAUGUUAACUGACUGAAUCAAAAAUUCUCUGAGAACAGAGACCAGAAAAAUGAAAUCCUUUCUCCUUCAGAGCUGGGAACACUCAAGUGUCAGAUCAUUUAAAUAUCAGUGAAAUGGAUUUUGAUUUAAAAGAGGAGCUCAAAGUCGUGAAUGUAAUCCUUCAACCUGUUUCAAAUCAGCACACUGAUGAACUGUCAAGUGAAUUUAUUGGGAUGUGUAGAGCGAGGCGCGGAAAUGGCCCGCUUUAAUCCAAAAACAGGUGAUCACUACCUUUGUGAAUCUAUUUUUAUCUGUCAUCUGUGCCACUGAUUUGGAUUUCCCUAUAGAGAAAAAAGACUUUUUAUUUUAGGUGACUCUGAUUCUGAUUGUAUAUGAAACUGAUGUAUUCAUUGUGUUAUCAGAAGAGGGUUACUGUGAGACGAGGUCAAAAACAGAAUUUUCAUGGUCGGGGCCGAGCUGAGUAAGCGUAACUGGGACACGGGGCUGAUUGACAGCGGGUGUACUGGAGCACGAUUGCACACAUUUAAGGUGGCCACACCCUCAAAGCAUGUAUGCACAAGUGCACGUCAUGUGAGAGCUCAGGAAUUCCGGCAAUGCAAUGUACUCUGCCACCAGCAAGACGUCUGCAACCUUCACCAUGCAAUGUUGAUUCUCAUUUCUUUUCUCAAUCAUAGUUCUUGCUAAACCAAAAACUCUUCAUUUGAUCUUGCUUACCUUUCAGUUGAUUGUAUUUGUUUGUAAAAGGAGCAUAUGUUUGUAGAAAAAAGGAAACAGGUAAUCAAAAUGGGAUUCUGACUAAGAAAGCUACCUCCUCCUCUGUAGUUGCUGCCUGCUCGUAAAAAAUCUGUUGUCAUGUGUCCGUUUGCCUCGGCUUCAUGUUCAGUUUUUGCUGUUUCGUGCUAACUGUGGGAGGAAUCUAUCUACUCUAAACUGUGAUUUCUUUUUUUUUUCCUUCACUAAACCGUAACAUUAGGUUUUCCUUCAUUUUUCAGAGAUAUAAAGUUGCAAAACAUAUGAAAUAUUUCACCUAAUUACAGUUCAUAUUGAAUCUUACAUGUUGUUCUUUUCAUGUUGGAUCUCGUGUUGCAUUUUGUUUAAACCUAGAAAAUCUGUUUUUUAUGCUAAUGAAUAAAGUUUUUAAAAAGUGA